CCGGCUGGAGACGCACGGGAUGUUGGACUGGGAUGAGGAUGAGAGAGAUCCACAGCGGAGGACGAACACACGCCGAGUUGAAAGCGUUAAAACCGAAAACGGGAGGACGAGGCGAGACGGCUGAGUCACUGCUGGUGAGGAGGAAGGUCUGGAGAGGGAACGAGAGAGGAGGAGGAGGAGGUGGAGGAGGAGGGGGAGAAGAAGAAGAAGAAGAAGAAGGGAGGGAGGCAGGGAGAUAAGCCACAACAGGAAGCAAAACGACACACGCGCAUAGACAUACACACCGCGUGUUUGUGUGCGUGCGUCUGAGAGAGAGAGACUGCGCGAACGAGAGGGUGAACGGGAAAGGAAGGGAGGGAGAGUGACGCGGAGGCUGGGAGAGCCGCCCCCCCCCCCUCCUCUCCUCUCCUCCUCCUCUCCCUCUCUUUCUCUCCUCUCCUCCUCUCCUCCCCUCCUCCCUCUCUCUCUCUGUGGAGCAGGCGUGUAGCGGCAUCAGACUCGGCGUGAAGGAACCAUGAGCGAUGUCACCAUCGUUAGAGAGGGAUGGCUCCAGAAACGGGGUGAAUACAUAAAGAACUGGCGACCACGUUACUUCCUGCUGAAGACAGACGGCUCUUUCAUUGGCUACAAAGAGAAACCUCAAGAUGCAGACCUGCCCUACCCUCUAAAUAACUUCUCUGUAGCAAAAUGUCAGCUGAUGAAGACAGAGAGGCCGAAGCCAAAUACCUUCAUCAUACGCUGCCUCCAGUGGACGACCGUCAUCGAGAGGACCUUCCACGUAGAUUCGCCUGAUGAGAGAGAUGAGUGGACAGAGGCCAUUCAGAUGGUGGCUGACAAGCUGCAGAGGCAAGAGGAGGAAAGGAUCCAGUGCAGCCCCACUUCCAACAUUGACAACAUGGUUGAGGAAGAGAUGGACAUCUCCACUACACACCACAAACGCAAGACCUACACGUCCCUCCACCAGACAAUGAGUGACUUCGACUACCUGAAGCUGCUGGGAAAGGGAACCUUUGGUAAAGUCAUUCUUGUCCGGGAAAAGGCCAGCGGGAAAUAUUACGCCAUGAAAAUCCUUAAAAAAGAGGUCAUCAUAGCAAAGGAUGAAGUGGCUCACACACUCACAGAGAGCAGAGUACUGAAAAACACCAGACAUCCCUUUCUCACUUCACUGAAGUAUUCAUUCCAGACUAAAGACCGCCUCUGUUUUGUCAUGGAGUAUGUGAAUGGAGGAGAGCUGUUUUUCCAUUUGUCCAGAGAGCGGGUGUUCUCAGAGGAGCGCACGCGCUUCUACGGUGCAGAGAUUGUUUCAGCUCUCGACUACCUGCAUUCAGCCAAGAUUGUGUACCGGGACCUCAAGUUGGAAAACCUGAUGCUGGAUAAAGACGGCCACAUCAAGAUCACUGAUUUUGGACUGUGCAAGGAGGGCAUCACUGAUGCUGCUACCAUGAAGACCUUCUGUGGCACACCAGAGUACCUUGCACCUGAGGUCCUGGAGGACAAUGACUACGGUCGGGCGGUGGACUGGUGGGGUUUGGGCGUCGUGACGUAUGAGAUGAUGUGCGGCCGCCUGCCGUUCUACAACCAGGACCACGAGAAGCUGUUUGAGCUCAUCCUCAUGGAGGACAUCAAGUUCCCACGCACUCUGUCGUCUGACGCCAAGUCCCUGCUGUCUGGCCUGCUCAUCAAAGACCCCAACAAACGACUUGGGGGAGGACCAGAUGACGCCAAAGAAAUAAUGAGACACAGUUUCUUCUCUGGCGUUGACUGGCAGGAUGUCUAUGAUAAAAAGCUCGUCCCUCCCUUCAAGCCUCAGGUGACGUCAGAGACAGACACCAGAUACUUCGAUGAGGAGUUCACAGCCCAGACCAUCACAAUCACUCCACCAGAGAAAUUCGAUGAGGAUGGGAUGGAUUGUCUGGACAACGAGAGAAGACCACACUUCCCACAGUUCUCGUACUCUGCCAGCGGCCGGGAAUGAACUGUCCAUUACAGUGACAUCGUCCCACCUGGUCCCUGAGGUCAUCAGCGUGGGACAAAAAGACCCACAGCUUCGGACCGACCUUUACGACUGACUUGAAGGAUUUUACAGUUCUCUUCCUCCUCUCCUUUUCAUCUCUCUGUUUUUUUUUUUUUUUGUGAUUCCCUUCCAAGUGAAAACCUUCAGUCUAAAUUACAGUCUAAUCAUGCACUGCAACCCCAGGUGAUCCGAACUGUGAAUAGUUGAUAUGUAAUGUCCCUUUAAUUACAGGAGCAUCACCGGUGGCCUGCUGUGCUUUGAUGUGAGACGGUUCUGCAAAUCUGGAAGAAAAAAAAAAAAGAAAAAAAAAAUCAAAAAUAGAGCUGAUGCAUUUUAAGGAGACAUUUUUUUGUGGCUUCUUAUCUGUACGAUGGAAAUACAGCAUUUUAAGUCAUUUAAAACCAAACUGCCAUUAUUGGUUCUAUCUCAGGCUUUUGCAAACAGACAGAUACUCAUUUGGGUCUGAUGUCAAAUCCUCAGUUAAGUAAUUCUGGGAUUGAUUGAGGCUGCCUGGCCGCGAGGAAAUAGAGUAGUUGUCAUCCGUGAGCAGAAUCUUACACACCUCAUUUGACUCAGGUUUUGCUCCGUGCAAAUCAUCAUUGUUGCUGCUGCUAUUUCAAUUACUACCACAACUACUACAGGUACUACUCCUACUACUACUACUCCUACUAUAAUACUACUGCUACUACUAAAAUCUGGUGCUACACUUUGAGCUAACUGCUGCUGAUCAUUAUACAGGCGCCAGCAGAACAUCAACCUCCUGUAUUAACAUCUAUGCUUGUACAGCUGCUACUCUUAUUGUACAGCUAUUACACAUCUGUAGGUUAAGGUAACGAUAGCAUGUUUGUUUGUUUGUGCGCGUGCGUGCGUGCGUGUGUGUGUGUGUGUGUGUGUGUGUGUGUGUGUGCGUGUGUGUGUGCGUGCGCGUGUGUGUGCUUAGUCCAGCUACGGUUUCAGAACGUACCUCAAAGCACAGCAGCUCAGAACGAUGAAGCUCCCAAACCAAGAGCUUUACUACAUUACCCACAAUGCAGUGGUCGAUGAUAUUCUCCACGACCGCAGAGGUGAAAAUGAGAGGAAAACAGCUGGUUUGAAUGUUUGAAUGCCCCCAAAGUUGUUUUUUUAUUUUAUUUAAUUUUUUUUAUGUACUUCUAAACUUUAAAGUCCCUCUGAGUUUAAAUCUCCUCUAUCCCAAAAGGGAAAACGAAACGUUACUUAGUUUCGAUGGCAGAAAGCUUUACUGUGACAUAUUGUUAUCAUGGCUUUGGGAUCCACACCACACGGCUGUACCUCUCUGUCUUUGUGCAGGAAAGAGAAACUGCAGCAGGAACAGAUUUGUAAAAAGUCUUGGAUGACAGGGUGGUGAGGAGUACAGGUGGAAAUAUCCAUAAAGAAAUUAUGUGGUAAAUUAUGACGUAUUGAUGAGUAGCGAGGUAACAGCAGGUUUCCUGUUUCCUGCGAGUUUCUUAUGAAGAAUUAAAAAAGAAAAAAAGAAGAAGAUAAAACAGUAUGGUCUGUGAGGAGGUAUACAUCAACAGUUAUGGGUUUACAAGAAUCACAGCAAUGGCUAUAAUAUAAUAUAUGUUCUAUUUAUUGUUCUUCUCAUCGGUUUUAUAUUUAACUUUUUCUAUUGUUGUUACAUUAUUCUAGAAAAACUAUAUAUUGUUAUUUCUUAGGGCUGAGAGGAAAAAAAAUGCACCUCAAGAAACAAAAAUGGCUGAAGAAUGUAGGAGGGAAAGCAGAUAGCCUUCCUGCUCCAUCGUUUAUUUUAAUGUUUUUGUGUUGUUUUGUGACAAAAUGUGACAGCCGAGAGGUGACGGGGCGCUCUAAAGACAGAUCCUGAAAGUCCGGGACGAACACGGAGACACUGCAGUUUUGUUUUUUUUUGUCUCUGAAUCCAUCCAGCAGGAUAUUGACACGGAUGUUUGAUCUCACGCCAGGUGUGUGUUGGUGAUGGCUGAGGCAGAGUUCAGAGAGAGAGGAAGUGGAAGUCGAGCAGAAGGAAAACAAGUGCAGCACAAAAGUCUGAAUGUCAGGAAGGAAGAGAUUCAAUACUGAAGUGUAAGUGCCACUGUUUACUGUAAGGGAAGAGAGGAGGAAGGGUUUGUCAAGUCUAGUUAGUUCUUUUUUUUUAAUGUUUAGCUAAAGAGAGCUGUUUUUCUCCACCUUCAUUUAACGAUGAUCAGAGCGUCGCCCCGACUCUUCUGUCUUUAACGCGCGCCGUCAUUUCUCCGGUCUUGUUUGUUUGCACUCGUUGCAUCAUGUCAUGUCUUCCAGUUUGACCAACGACGUUUAAAAUCCCCUCGAUUCCUCUGUCUCCACACGCCGGGUAAGCCUUACGGUUUAACUCAGAGUAAGUCAAGACCUUUGACAUCCAGCAUUUCUGAGGCAAAAGAAAUCAACAAAUGUGAGAAAAUAUAUUUUUGAAAAAUCUAAAAUCUCACCUGCAUCGAAAAAGAAACAUCACGUGGAAGACGACACCUCGAAUAUCUGGCAGACAGAUUAAAGAGAGUAUAUGGGGAUGUGCUCUUAUUAGGCAUAGAAAAUUGUAUUCCAGUAUAUUUAUUUGAAUGUUUUUAUUCUCAUCAUUGACUUGAAUUUAUUUUCUAUUUAAUUUAUUUGAUGUCAUUUUGAUUUUGGCGUGUAGCAGUAAGGGGGGUGUAGUCGUGUUUUGUUCUAUAAAUAAAUGUCUCCUUUAUCUUUCUUUACAGAUAUCUCUUAUACGACACAUUACCUGUUUUUUCCUGCUGCUCUUAAGUCCAUGUGCUUUACUGUUGCACAUCCACUAAACUGCUACUAGCUAGCCAAGGCGCUUCAUGGCAGAAAUUAAAAGGAUGGCGCUGGCCUGCAUGCUGUCGUCCUCCUCUGCCUGCUCUACCAGGCCUGAGUCAAAGUAGCACUCAGAACCCGAAUGAAAAAUAAUUCUCUGUGAUCGAUUGCGCCUCUCUGGCACAGCCGAAGCAGCUGAAUAGUUCAAAAUGAGUACAAAUCCCACCCAGCUGGCACCCCGACACGGGCUCGAGCAAAUGCUCCCAACUAUUUGGAACGUGUUCAGCUUUGAUUUGACCCAGGUCUGGGAGCGACUGAGGAGCUCUAGCUGUAUGUGCACGCUUAACGCCUAAAAUCAUUAGAAACCAGAGUUCAUAAAAAAAAAUAAAUAAAAAAUAUAGCGCUUUGUAGCUUUGGCCACGGCACUUUCACACCAUCACUUUUUAUAUGAUUCAGAGGAAUCUGAUUCAGCCCCGCUUUGAAGGAGGAUUUUUAGCUUUUUUAUGUUUUUAAGAAAAACAAGGAUUUUUAAAGCACAUCUACCCUUCACAUUCAGCCGCUAGCUUUGACGCUGCUCUGAUGUCCAGAGAUGGCAGGACGCGGAUGAAGUGACUGUCACACAGAGACGAGUCAGAGCGGUCAGUACAGGCUGGGCAGUGGGAACUUUUUAGCGAUUCGCUCAGUGUUUAUAAACGAAAAUGUUUGUGAAAAACCCACAGAUGAAUAGUUGCCCUGAUUCCUCCUCUGAUUAGAAAAGUUUUCCCGCCGGCUCUCCUUCACUUCUCAGAAGAAGUGGAGAAGGUGAAGCUUUGUAAUCAGUCGUCUCAGAGGUUAUCACCAAACUGGAGCUUGACUGGGGCCCUCGCCAUACUCACCAAACAGUAUGCGAGAUGUCUGCACUGACACUGUUUGUACUAUACAUCUAUCACACAGCGGAUCUGCCUCCAGUAGAGUUUCAGUAACAUGUAAAACCCCGUCAAAGACCUACAGCUCUGUACUGAUCACGUCUGUUGUUAAUGAAGCAACGACGUCGGGCCAAAAAAUCACAAACCGUGCUCCGCCUGGCAUUUAAUGAAGAUGAUAAGUAAAACAGCUCAAGUGUCUGGAAGCAUUUCUGAAAGUAUGUGACCUCGCGUCCACAGCCGAGCCCCUCCUUUCUCUUCUCUCUCUCUGGUACUAGUCUACUAUCAUCAUGGUUAUUAACAUAAAACAAGCAUGAGAUGCAUUUAUUUAUAAACAGCAAACAUGUACAAAUAUUACAAAGUAUAACAGUUUUAACGCCAUGUCCAUCUACUGUAGCUUUACAGUCGUGCGAGACACCUCUGGACAGCCUCCAGCUGUUCGCAGAGCGGGCCACGUUUCCCUCGAGCGCCGGACCGCUGUAGUCAGCUCUGCCCUCUGACGUGUCAGCGAAGCAGAGAGCGUGUUGACUCUGAGACGGUGCCGGGGAAACUCAGCGGAUCUAGAAAGAUUGACAGAAAAGCAGAUCAAACAGCCCUUUUUCUGUCCUUCCUGCUGUCAGGAUGCAGUGCUGCUGGCCAGUGAGGCCGCGAGGAUGUGAAAACAACAAAUUACCAUCAACAUGAAGCUGUUUUUUUACACUGUACAUCCUUAGUAUUUUUACACAUAAAUGUAUAUGAUAGGGAUGCACAUUAUUUUCCUUCUUACAGACAGCUUCAAUAAAGCACUAUGUCAAUCUGC